UCACCGCAGCUGAAUUAGAAACGCAGAUGAGCCCAAAAUCAGCCGGUGACGGCCAUGUCACCACCGUAAUCCGGAUCCGGUCGCCGUGGUUUCACCGUAGCCAUGGAUGGGACGUCACGUCUCUAUCUCCCCCGCUACUUAACCAAUCCGGCGUGCCGGGGUAGGGACACGCCCGCCUCCAGCCGCAGUCCACUAACUCAUCGCUACAGCGGCGCGGCCUCGCCUCACCCGCCCCACCCACCUCAGCGGCGCCCACCGAAAAACAAGAUUCCCAAGAAGAAGCGGCGACCGAUCGGCUGAAGAUGCCGUGUCCGCGGCCGGCGGUCCUGCUCUCCGCGGCCGCGUGGCUGUGGCUGUUCCUGUCGGCCGCCGGCGCGCUGGCGGACGGCGGCAACGGCACGGUGUGCCUGUGCACGGGCCCGCGGUGCGUGCCGCCCUGCCCCGUCCCUGGGACGACGCCGCCGACGACGUCGCCCACGCAGUUCCCCUUCUGCCCGCAGCGGCCGCCGGCGGUGGGGCCCUUCCCGUGGGAGCAGCAGCCGCCGGCGUCGCCGAGGUCGGGGUCGGGGUUCCCCCAGGACGCGGGCUUCCUCGCGGCAGCUGCGGCGAGCCCCACUAGGAAUCCGGCGGCGUGGCUGGCGGUGGCCGCCGUGUGCUCUGCUUUGCUGCUGCUCCUGCAGCAGUGACCCUCUCUGGCUCGCCCCCUCCUGUAGAUCAGUAGAUUGAGUUCAGGCUGCAGGGUGGUCAGAAGAUGCUGAACUUAUAAAAAUAUGUAAUCUAGGUCUUCAAUUCAGUUCAUAUAUGUAGGCCAUGGACGAACAAUCUGAAAUUCGGGUUCAUCCUUCCUUUUCAUCCUGUUCUUGUGAGAAUUAGCAACUUUUUCAUUGCAACUGAAA